CAACCAGCAACGCAAUACACCACCCCACCAUCGCUUCAUCCACCACCACUCCCCUCUCCAUCUCUCUUCCCAUCCCUCUUCCAUCUCUACCAUCCACAGGAGACCUGGUAGCAACAGAUAUCUCAGCUAUUCCGUCUUUAACGGCUUCUUCUCAUCACGAUGAAGCUUACUUUUAAGGAUCUCAAGCAGCAAAAGUUUGUUAUUGAUGCUGAACCUACCGAUACGAUUUCCCAGGUGAAGGAAAAGAUUAACAAAGAGAAGGGAUGGGACGCCGCGGCUCAAAAGCUCAUCUACUCUGGUAAAAUCUUGCAAGAUGACAAAACCGUUGGGGACUACAAAAUUGAAGAAAAAGGAUUUGUGGUUUGCAUGAUAUCAAAUAAACCUAAAGCUGCAUCCUCGUCUUCCGCUGCUGGUUCUAGUUCGGCUUCCACCCCGGUGAAGGCACCAUCAACACCAGCCCAAAGUUCCGUCCCCCCCACUCCAUCUGCUCCAGCUCAGGCUGUGACAGGUUCCUCAACCUCAACCUCAGCCGCUGUGCCAGAGACACCAACUCCUGCUGGCGCCGUCGGUACUACCUUCAAUGAUCCGGAGGACGCUAUUGUCAAUAUGAUGGGAAUGGGCUUCGAGAGGAGCGAGAUUGAGAGAGCCAUGCGCGCUGCGUUUUUCAAUCCAGAUAGAGCUGUUGACUACCUUCUGAAUGGUAUCCCCGAACACCUCACACAAGAACGGCCGGCUCAGUCUUCUACCACACGCCCAGCCGCGCAAUCGGCCCAAUCUGCUGCUAGACCUGCUGCUGCUACUGCUCCUGCCACUGGUGGUAGCGCAUCUGGAGAAGGGGCUGAACCUGAAAAUAUCAACCUGUUCGAAGCUGCUGCCGCCGCCGCUAGCCAGCGUGGAGGUGCGCAUAGUCAGGGAAGAUCUGGAGGCGCUGCUAGCCUCGGGAACCUUGACUUUCUCAGAAACAAUCCCCAGUUUCAACAAUUGCGUCAAGUCGUUCAACAACAGCCACAGAUGCUCGAGCCAAUCUUGCAACAAGUCGGCAUGGGGAAUCCACAACUUGCAGCAACGAUCAGUUCGAACCCCGAGGCUUUCCUGCGCCUGCUCAGUGAGGAUCCGGCUGAUGAGGAUGGUGGGGCAUUGCCUCCGGGCUCCAACCACAUUUCAGUUACUCCUGAAGAGAGUGAUGCUAUUGAGAGAUUAUGUCGUCUCGGUUUUGAUAGAGACAUGGUCAUUCAAGCGUACUUCGCUUGCGACAAAAACGAAGAGCUCGCAGCCAACUUUUUGUUCGAGCAACCCGAUGAUGACAUGGAUGGCUAAAUUUCUUUCCCCUUCCUUCCCCCUUCAUACCUUGUUUUUACCACAUUUCCCUAGUCUAAUCUAAAUAUGGGGUGAACACUAAAUUCAAACUCGAAAUUUUCUUGAAUGUGUGGGAGUGAUGCAUGAAUGACUGAUGCUGGAUGACUCGCUUUCUCGUUGUCCCCCUUUUUCCAUAAUUCCAUUAUUACUUUCUUUUUUUCUUUCGCAGACACUUUUAGUUUUUCCAUGUAAUCUCUCUCCUCCUUUGUGAAGCCCGGGGUCGGCUAUGAGCAUUAAAAAAAUUGGAACCUUGAGUGCAUGUAAA